CCCUCCCAUAACCACCACCUCCACUUCACCAAUCUCUUAUCUCUUUACCUUAGCUUCCAUCUCUCUCUUGUCCGAGACAACCAUUUGUCUCAAAACUUUCGAAAUGGCCAUUAGAAUAUCAAACAAACUUCCUCAAACCGCAGUUAUCAAGCAAAUCCUCAAAAGAUGUUCGAGCUUGGGAAAGAAGCAUGGCUACGACGAGGAUAGCUUUCCCCUAGACGUCCCAAAGGGCCAUUUUGCUGUCUAUGUUGGUGAAAAUAGAAGCAGGUAUAUUGUCCCAAUCUCAUUCUUGAGUCACCCUGAGUUCCAGUGCCUCCUCCACCAAGCUGAAGAAGAAUUCGGCUUCGAUCAAGAUAUGGGUCUUACCAUUCCCUGCGAAGAAGUCGUUUUCCGCUCUCUAACUUCCAUGCUUAGAUGAAAGAAGAUCAACUAGUACUUGAUGGGUUUUCUUGGAGAAGAUGGCUAAGAUGAAGCAGGAAAACUUUCUUCUUCUCUUUUUUUUUACAUCUCUCUCCAUUUCUCGUUCAUGUUCUUUCUUUUUUUGGCCUUCAUUUUUUGUUAGGAAGCCAUUUGGUUUUCUAUGUUCGAUGACUCUAACGUAUGAAGAUGUAUAAAGGUUGAGAUUUUCCUCACAGAGGUGGGUGUUACGCCCUGUGAGAUGAGUUUAAUGGAAGCAAGGGUGAUAAUUUGCCUGUUUAACGUUUCAAA